GACGGGCGGGCCGCGGGAGCGCGCUGCGCGCACCCCGCCGCCGGCACCAGGAGCAGCAGAACCACCGAGGCAGCGGCGGCAGAUGCUGAGAAGCGCAGCGUGACCGCCUUACCCGCUGGUGCUUGUCAUGACCGUCCGCUCCAAUGCGUCUCCCUGAAGCUGAGCUGGGGACAACACAAGGAGGCAGAGGAGGAGGGAAGGUCGCCCAACCAAACCCUGAUCCCGGGGGCUGCGCUGGGCAGGUCGCAGGGAAGAGGCCGCCCCCUUGGGUCCACAAACGUCGCUGAGAAAAUGCACUGGCCAGAUUUCACCGCGCGUGUAUAGGGUUUAAAUUUUAAAGCAAGAAAGGGAGAAUCUGGAAUUCGCUUGGUGUGGACCACUUUAGCCGGUCUGUUUCUUUGUAUGAUGUGCAACAACUCACCUUCCAGCCAGGACGACCAGAGACAGUGUAAAUUUCUGUCAUAUAUGUUCUACCAGGCAGUCAGAGACCGCAAGCCCGUUUGGAUGCUGGAGGACAUGAGGACGAUGGAAUCGUUUUACUGGGAAGAGAACACCAGCCUCCGCACUUACUCCCCUUCCGAAGCCCUCCUGUACGCGGUGGUACACAAUCACCUCCCCUAUGCCCAAUACUUGCUGUCUCGUUACGCGGACGAGGCACUGGAAGUGCCCGGGGAUCGCUUCUGUUGCUGCCCUUCAUCCGCCCCUCACCUCGCCAUGGCUGUCAGGUACGACCGCAGAGACAUUCUGGGCCUGAUCCUGAAGAUAGCCAGCCAGCUCCCCGGCUUCAAGUCCUACGUUAACAGGAAGGGCUGCUUCCACGUCGAGGACGGGAAAACUCCGCUCCACUUGGCCUGCGAGCUUCUGAGGGCAGAGACUGUUCUGAUGCUGCUGGGGAGCGGCGCUUCGCCCAAGAUUGUCGACAGCAAAGGGCUGACCCCGCUGGAUGUGAUUCUGGAGCAACUGCAGGUGUCCAAGAUCAACGUCGAGUCCAAAAAGUUGUGUAUCGAUCACCUGCUGCUCUUCACCUCCAACCUUCAAUUCAAGAUGAAGAGGGCUUUGAAAGAUAACCCGGCUGAAUGGAAUGGGCUUCUGGGAGAAGAGAAAUACAACUACCUCUGUGGGAAAACACCCGCCACUUUAUUCCUCAUCUCUAUGCAAGGCAUCUUAAAAUGCCUCCCACCAUCAAAUUUCCCAGCCAGCGUGAAGGAGUUGCCCAUACCGCAGUCCUUAAAACCCUUGCCUUUAGAAAGAUUAACAUUGCGUUCUGUCGAUGUACAGUAGCACCUCGCAGACUCCUCUAAUUUAGCUUAAAAGGGACUUCUGUGAACAUGAAUGAAUUGUUGCUACAGGAAUGCGUUGUUGUAUCAAAUACAAAAUUGUCCUCUAAAGAAAAAAAGCAUGGUGUGCGUUCCUCUUAUAUUUUAUAGCUUAUCUAUCCUUAAACAUGUUUUAACGUGCUGAUAUAAAGAACAGAUUAAAAACGUUGCAAAAUUGGCUGAUAGGUUAGCACAUCAAAAACAUGUGACUUUUUUUAUCCGUAUUGUGUAGAGAAUGCGGAACAAAUUUGCAAGCCUUCCUAUACUCGGCCACUUAAGUGACAAAUUGUCAGGAGCUUAGGACGAGAAGGAAAUUGCAAUUCAAUUCCUGAUAGCAUGCAUUGGGGAAUAAAUACAACGCGGCAGCUGAACUCAAGCUGUUUAUUUCUGCCUAUACUGCAAAAUGGAUCCAUAUUGUAUUUCUGCGAUUGCCUAGGCCGCGAAUUGAUUUGACUUUGUGAAAUGUAGUACUUUAAUAAUGCGUUGAGAUUAAUUUCGGUACUGCGCGAUGUAUUGAACCAAUGUAUUGAAAAAAGAAUCUUGAUUAAUAUACUUUUGUAUUUUAAACAAUCUUUUAAUGUAGACGUCACCUUCAGUGCUCGAUCACGUCCUGCAGUACAGAGCAUGUAUGUGCGUUUGAUAAGAAAGAGCAAGCUUGACCCAGAGAGUAAGAUCCCUGUAAGACAAAAUUCAUAAACAAGAGUCAACAAAUAAUAUUGAAAUUCCAGGACAUUACUUCUAGCUGACAAAAGAUUAAUAAAUUGCAUGUUUACUGUAAACUAUAAUAAAUUAUAAUAAAUUAAGUUAUAUAUUUAGGAAAUAGUAUGUGCCAAAGCCCAUCUAUUUAUAUAUCAAGAAACUUUUCAUAAUUGUAUAAUAUCCAUUAUUCAAGAUCUUAAUAAUUCUAAGGACAUGCUGCAUUUAAUAAAGAUUUUUUUUAUUUUAUAAAACUUUUAGUCAUGUAUAUUUGUUUAUUAAAUUUUUUAAAAGUGCAUUUAAAUAUUUAUUAUAGCAAUGCUAUCCAAUAUAUUAGUUCCCAGCCAGACAUGGUUCAUUUUGAAUCCAGAGUUGGCAAAUUGCAUUUCUGAUUUGUAGAAGGAUAAACAUGAUUUUUUUACACUCUGGUUGACUAAAUGAUCUUAAUAUUGUGCAAUCUUUCUGUGCAUUUGUUGAUAAGAUGAAAAGCAGAGUAGGUGAAUUUUACAUUGAUCAUUUUGACUGCUUUACCUGUUUGGUUACCAAAUAGUGGUUGGUGUUUAUACUGUAAGUAUUCAUAUGGGAAGGAAUAUUUGUACAGUGGGUGUGGAUGGAAGCAUUUUCUACUGAAGCAAAAGUCAUCUAAAAUGGUAGCAAGAUCUGAGGGUAGGCAGCAAUUUUCAUUGAACAAACUGCAGUGAAGUCUCUAGGUAGUCGAAUUAUAAGUGGAAGCAUGAUUGGGCAUCUUUUGUAUUACUAAAAUGCAUGUGUGUGGAAUGGAUUUAUAUGA